AUGUCGGCAUCUGAAGGCGGGAAAGACACCACCCCAGAGCCCUGUCCAGUCAAUGGGACAGGCCCUGGGCCUGAAUGGGGGCUGUGCCCUGGGCCCCCAGCAUCAGAUGGUGAAAUCAGCGGGGCAUCAGGCCUAGGGACCCCUAAGCGGAAGACUCAGCACAGUAAGCACAAGACAGUGGCAGUAGCCAGUGCCCAGCGGUCACCCCGGGCACUCUUCUGCCUCACCCUGGCAAACCCCCUGCGGCGGUCCUGCAUCAGCAUUGUGGAAUGGAAGCAUCCUUGA